AUGGACGGCACCCGGGGGAGCAAUCGCCGCAUCAACAGCCUCCAAGCACAGGACCGCCUGCGACGACACAGCUCGGCCAACGCCCGUGGGAAGCGCCCCGUCACCGCCCAAGAUGCCUAUCUCUAUGCUCUGCGUGCAGCAUACCUCGCAUACCUCCUCCAGCCCCGACAGAAGCGAGUGCAGCAUGUUCCUGCAGCGCCCAAGCAUAUACAGCGCUCAUCGACCUCGAUCAACGACCUCAUGAAGGACUUCUCCCUCAUACGGGACUCCAAGAGCACGCGCUUCCCCCGCGACUUCAUGGCCGCGCUCGACAAGCGGAUAACAAAGGUGCUCAUGGGCCAGGAACGCAUGCCCGAGUUUCAGGAUGCCACGGUCAAGCGGACGUUUGCUGUCUUCUUGAACGCCUUCAAGGACCCGUCUUUCAGGAAGAACAUGGACAAGGACAGGAGAGUAGAGGACCUGCUCCUGAUCUUCUACUCCAACGCUACAAAAGAACUACAAAAGGGCAAGGCGCCAGGAGAUGAGGGCUGGAAGCUCAUGGUAGAUCGACACGUCGCUCUAUUCCUGCGUCUUGUCAGUUCCACCCUCAGGGACCAUGACUGGCAAAAGGACCGACCAGAACUCGCGCAUCGGCUGGCCACCAUGGAGAAGAAGCUCCUCGUACACGACCAAGAUUUGGCGGCAGAGAACCAGCGCAACGGCGGACAAGGUGGCACAACAGUCGAAGUCGAAGUUCCACGCAGCUACGAAGUCAAGGACAUGCCACUCGUCUUGGUCGUGUCGCGUAUCUUCGCCGUCGGAUACUCCGACGUGCAGGCCGACAUCAACCGCUACAAGGCCGUGUGGACAGAAAAGGCUGCUUUGCAGGAUCUCAAGACAUACCAAGCCCACCUCAGUCUCAUGACGAAAAAGACGCUGAACAGUGAUGACUUCGAUACUGACGAGGCGUACGAGGCAUGGAAGAAUCAAGAGGUACCGGAUCUCUCACAGAUGAUAUUGGCCAUCAUUCAGUCAAAUCCCGAGCUCGCAAAGAGCUCCCCCGGAUCUGUGCCACAAUUCAAGCCGAAGGCGUCUUUGGACCCGGGCUACUCAGAUGCUUCGCGCCAAGGGUCUUUGUCUUCCGAGAACGGCUCCUCGUAUGUCAUUGACCAACCUGUAGAUAUGAGUGGGCUCAACAUCAACGACGACCCUAAUGAUAGCUCAUCCUACACCUUCAUACCUUCAGAUCCACGUGCCACUUACCGUGCGAUACUGAAUGAAGCACUGACGUAUGACCUUGCGGACACUGAACUCGAGCCAACUGAAGCUACGAGCGAGAACCCAUCCGUCAAACUCCUAUCGAAGCAGUCGGCAGAACUCCUGAACGAGAUUGCUCUCCGAUGGAGGAUACCUCAAUUCUCCCGCCUCGUUUUGUUCCUAGAUGUCAUCAGAGACAAAUACAUCAACCAAGACAUCAGUCUCGACACGCUCGACGCUGCCUUCAAUUAUGUCAAAGAGCCGCCGCCAACAGACAAGAAGUCACAUCGAAUGAGUCACGUUCCGGUGCAGGAAUCCUUGUUCGAUCGAACGAAAUGGACGAUCCAGGACUAUACUCUCAACCAGCAAAUUCUGUCAACAUUGCACGAUUGCUUGCUGCGAGAGUUGUACGAGCUGAUGAUGCAUGUGUACGAUACCAAACCGCCUGCACUUGGGCCGGUCAUGUAUAUCCUAGAGUCACACAUUUACGACGACCCCACGUUCCCUGGCACUGAAGAAGACAUGGAUCAGUUUACCGAGCAAUUACGCCAAGGUCUGAGGGAGAAGGCCGGUGAUGUGUAUCGGGAGCUUCUUGCCAAGCACAUUCCAGACACAAAAGAAGAAUGGGAGUUCUAUCACGUCAUUGAACUUGGUCGCGCCGUGGUCAAGCUCUGCGAGCGGAUACAGAAGCGUUAUCGCAAGAACCCAGAAGUCAUGGGGGCUAGUCCCAUGAUGUGUCUGGUCGAGAAGAUGUUUCCUUCGUACGCCGCAGAUGCGCGAGACCUAGUCGCUCGAAUCAUGGACGUUGCGCAAAGCAAAGAAGAAGACGUACCUGUGCAGGAUGGGUUCGACUUGUAUAAAGAGCUCGUUGAAAUCCGCCGCAUACACAGCGAUGCUCUGCCAAACAAAAAUUUCGCUUUCAGUAUCGAGGAACAGCUACAGGAUUUUGUAUGGCGAUGGAUUCAAAUGACGGACCAGAACCUGAUUGGGUGGGUUGAUAACGCGUUCAAGGCGGACCAGUUCCAGAUCGAGUCUCAGAACCCCAUUCCUUCCGACGACGAGCGCCAUAGCGUAUCGGUUGUGGACGUCUUCCGAUCCUUCAACCAGAGCAUCGAGCAAAUUGUUUCCUUGAACUGGGAUAAUGAUGUUCAGUACGCCAAAUUCAUGACUGCUGUCUCCAAGUCAAUCGGCGUCGCACUCGCAAGAUACUGCGAGCUUGUGGAACAGAAGUUUGCUAAAGAGAUGGAUCGACUUACACCCGAACAAGAGGCGGCCGCCCGUCAAACCAAAUCUGAAAAGUGGCUGUCGACAGUCAAGGACUUCUACAGUCAAAAGGAGAAAGUCGAGCCCUUCCAGUUCUACCCUGAGUCACUUGUCAAACUCAACAAUAUUGAGUAUGCGAUGCAGCAGUUAGACAAGCUCGAGCGCGAGAUCGGCGUCGAUGCCUGCGCUGAGGUCAUUCAAAAGCACUCACCACCACCAACGCAACGCGCUCGAAACAAUAACUUUGUCUUCACUAUUAAGAUCAUCGAGGCUGAAGAUCUGAAAGCAUGUGAUAUGAAUGGACUUAGCGAUCCAUAUGUUGUACUUGGUGAUGAGUACCAAAAGCGCUUGGCAAAGACUCGUGUGAUCUACCGCAACUUGAACCCACGUUGGGACGAGACGAUUGACAUCACGACUAACGGCCCGCUCAAUGUUGUUGCGACAAUUUGGGACUGGGACGCUAUGGGCGAUCAUGACUGCGUUGGUCGGACAUCUCUCAAGCUCGAUCCAUCACAUUUUCGCGACUACAUGCCCCGUGAAUACUGGCUUGAUUUGGAUACCCAGGGUCGUCUGUUACUACGUGUGAGCAUGGAAGGAGAGCGAGACGAUAUCCAAUUCUACUUCGGCAAGUCGUUCAGAACACUUAAGAGGACUGAGCGUGACAUGACACGGAAGAUCACGGACAAGCUUUCUUCUUUCAUCGGUUAUAAGCUUUCUCGCCGAUCACUUGAUGCUCUGCUAAACAAAGGAGUAGCAUCGAAGGUAACGAACUAUCUUGGCAACUUCAGAACAGCCCGACCUAUGUCGGUCAUCCAAGCUCAGGGUCCCACGCAGCAAGAUGUUACCGAAGCCCUUGGUCCUCUCUUCGUCUACUUCGACGAGAACUUUGCCAUCAUGAAGCAGACAUUGACAGAUGCUGCAAUGAUCAUGGUCAUGACAAGACUCUGGAAAGAAGCGCUUGCAACGAUAGAGUCGCUACUCGUACCUCCUCUAUCUGACAAGCUGUCACAGCAGCGCCCAUUGACACAGCAAGAGCUCGAUAUCGUCUUCAAGUGGCUGAAGAUGCUGUUCGACUUCUUCCAUGCUGUGGACGAGGAUGGUAACGUCGAAGGUGUGCCGAUGGACGUUCUUAAAUCGCCCAAGUACCAUGAGCUUCAGAACCUCAACUUCUUCUACUUCGAACCUACCGAGGAUCUUAUUCGCACGUCCGAAUCAAUGGCCGCUGCCAGCGCAAGGCGACAGCAAGAACAGUCACAACGUCUUAAUCGCAUGUCAGCACCGCCUGCUAUGGGUCACCAAUUCGGUGGCGCGGCAGGACUUGUCGGAAUGCCAACUAGGAAACACAAGACCAUUAUGUUAUCGAGGAACCUGGGUACAAUGAAGAAGGCCAAGGAGGAGAAAAGAAAGGAAGCACAAGCUGAGCCUAAUGACGACAUGAUUCUGAGGAUAUUGAGAAUGAGGCCUGAGGCGGAGCGAUACCUCAAGGACAGAAGCAGGCAAAAGGCAUGUGUCACCCCGUCGUUGUCCGAACUUGCAUUCGCUAACGCACAACAGGAACGCCUCGCUGCUGCGCAGGCCGCAGAAAUGAUCGUCCGACAGAGUCUCAACGCUGGUGGUGGUCGCAUGACGGGCGGUAUGGGCCCACGCCGAUGA